UGACCAAUAGGCCUCGCGCUUGUUACUGUGUACCGGUUGCUAUGGACACAGAGCGGCGAGUACUGAGCACCAUGCAGCUCUCGGCUGCUCCCCGCUCCCUGCUCCUGCUCCUGGGCUUUGCUCGGUUAUGUCUGCCCCAGUCCACCUCUAUCUCCUUCAUCCAGCCCGGAAACUGCAGCAGCAGCCAGUACUACAGCGCCGUCCAGUUCUCCUGCAUCAGCUGCAGUUCUGGACUGAGGUCUUCGGAUGGUCUGAAAUGUGCCUGUCCGAUCAAUGAUGCAGUGACAGACUUGGGUUCUCCACAAGUCAACUGUAGUCCAUGCAAAUUGAAUGAAAUUGUGUCCUUGGACCAGAGAACCUGCCUGACAUGUGAUAGCAGCAAAUGCACCUGUGACAACAAUGACGCUACAGUGGAAAACUUAAUAAACAAUACUUACAAAUGUGUCUUAUGUACGGGAGGGACAAGGCCAAACACAGCUGGAGACCAGUGUGAACUGUGUCCCCCAACCUACAGCAGUACCUGCAGCUGCUCUGCCAGCAAUGAGGCUGGAGGACUCUGUCUUCCCAUCCCCAAACAGGACUUUACAUCAGUGACACUAUGGGAAUCUCUGUACCUCUACGCCAGUUAUGCUGUUUGUAAGGAAUACAACAACGUGACUGCCUGCCAGGUCCUUACUAAUAUGGUCAUUAUGAAUGUCUUCUCCAGCACCAGCAAUGCCUAUAACCUCUACAGCAGCUUCAGUUCAUCCAAUCCAUUUCUACCACCUGUAAUUUAUAGCACAGUAACACAACUGGGCACCACAGCACCAACCAAUUUGUCCUACCAAAAGAAUGCACAGAUUCAGUUCCAGGUGGUGAAGUAUGAUGUUCGUGGGAAUUUCUUGGGCUGGGAAACUCUUAAAGGAGGGACAUUACAGAUGUGUUCGUCUACACAGAAUUUCUUAGACGCUGCUUUUAAAUUUGGAACGGUAUAUAACUUGUUGUGUUCUCUGCAGGUGGCUGAUCUCUUUCAGAAGGUGCCAGAGCCCAUAUUUUACGAGUUAUUCCUUUUGUAUACCUCAACCAGUGGCACCACCAUGCUCUGGCCAGUACCCGUGUGGAAUGCUGGGAUUGCAGGGACUCUUGGUUCCAGAGCUCUGAGGAGAUUCUUUCUGGUUGAUGGCAUCUCUGGCAGACAGCUUAAUCUCUCCAGUUCUCCCACCUAUGUCACUGUCGCCACAAGUCUGACCCUAAGCGUGUAUCUGCCACUCAGCCCCCCGAGCAGUGAGCCUCCGAUCCAGCUGACUGUACAAUAUGAGAAGCAGAGUCUGCAGGCAGCACUACAGGUUUCCUUUGCUGUCACAUACACACAGAGCCAGGGGACAUAUAAACAGAACACAGAUAUUGCCCUUGGGGUGUUGGGUUCUUUGGCUGGCAUACUGGCAAUUAUGGAGACCAGUAGUUGGCUGCGGAGAUCUGGUCAGCAGAACAUUGGCAUUAUGAUGAUUAUUAAAUUCCUGGCUUUCCUGAGUGGUACAUUGGCAAACACUUUUUUCCUUUUGGCAUAUGGGAUCGCAGUCUACUGGCUGAUUGCAUUUAAGGGUCAGACAUCAGUGGUCAAUGUGACUUUACCUCCAGCCAAGGGGCAGGUGGAAACAGAUUUUGUCAUCUACUUAUCUGUGGCGUUUUCCCUGAAGGCCUUGGAACUCAUUCACUUACUCGUAUCACAACUAACGUACAACAUCUUCCUUAUCGAUUGGGAGAAACCAAAGGACAAAACUCCAUCUAACACACAAGGAAAGUCCAAUGUCAGCAUCUGGAGGACCAUCCUGGUGGCCAAUGAGUGGAAUGAGAUCCAGACUUAUCGAAAGCUCAGUCCUUUCUUCCAGCUCUUCAUGGUGCUACUAUUGCUGGAGGUUGUUGGCCUCAAAAACAUUGCCACAAAGGAUCUGAACCUGGACCUGAACCCAUCUGCUGGGAGCUAUCAGGCCCCAAUGAGUGUGAUUCUGAGAUUUGGAAUGUCUGCUUCCAUGUGGCUGGCUGUUGGUAUCGUGCAGGUUCUAUUCUUCAUCAUCAUUUAUGAAAGAUUCUUUGAGGAUAAAAUUAAACAAUUUGUGGAUUUGUGUUCUCUCAGCAAUGUAUCUGUUUUCAUCCUGACUCACAAGUGUUAUGGAUAUUAUAUUCACGGAAGGUCAGUUCAUGGGCUGGCGGAUGUUAGUAUGGAGACCAUGCUGGACAACCUGCGCAAAGAGGAGGAAAACUUGUGUCCCUUGAGAGGAUUAGAGCCCAGCUCUGACCUUCAGACAUUUGAGGUGUUAUUGAGUGAGCGGGUCCGGGAGCAGUAUGAGAAGAUCUUGCAGCCGUUGUUUGAAGCUCCCAAUACUGCAAAAGGAGGCAACAAUAAGAACCCAAUGUUACAGCAAAGGAUAAAAACCUAUUACACCAUUAACCGUUUCCUGUCCUGUUUCCUUGAUCAUGUCUAUAAGGACAUGGAUUACAUAGUCAAGGACAAACUAUUACUGGAGAGCGUCCUAGACAUGGAGUUCCAGCAGCCCAUUGAGAAAUCAAUAUUUUACAGUGACGAUCGGUGUCAUUUCAGCCGCACUCUCUUCUACAGUAAUGAGCUUGUGUUGCUUCUCUUCGACACACUCUUGUUUUGUGUCAUUGACCUGGGGACGCAGAAUUUCAUUCUGGCAACAAUUAUAACCUUUGUGGUGCAGAUGAGAUGUUUUCAGAGGAUUUUCAGAAGUAUGUGGAGAACAGUGAUAAGGACAUCUAAAUAUUCAGUGGAAAGGAACUGAAGUUCAGACAGAAGUACAAACUCUAGGCAGUUUGUGAAGAUUUUACGAUCGGAAAUUGGAAAAAAUAAUCUGUCAAUGCAAACAAUGGUGGAGAAAAAUUUCCUGAUUUAAGAGAGAAGAGCAGCAUCUGUCACCAGAGAUAUACAAUGUAUUCACCUCCGUAAUGCGUAGAACUGCAUUCUUAUUUUAUUAUUUUGUGUAAUUUUGUACACGUUGAUACAAUAAAUCUAUUUUUACAGAAAUUAUUGAUAUUUAAAAGAAUCCACAAACUAUAAAUAUGAGGAAACAACUUUUAUUAUACAUUUUUAUUUCCAUUUCAAAUACUAAAUUCUUGUACAAAUAUAAAUUCACACAGUCCUGAUCGCCUUUCUAACACAGCAGUGGCAUCCUCCCAUACAUGACUCCCUGACUGCGCCCAUGCAGUCUGCAAUAUGUCAGUACAAAUUGAUGCUCCAGUGCAGAACUUCAAGAGCAGCCCCCCUAGUAUCUCAUGGGGGCAGAAAACAUUUACUGUUGCUCCAUGAGACUUUGUUCUGUAAUGUAGGCUCAGUGUCUCCUUCCCAGACUAGAAAAAUAUACACAGCGCUCAAGGAACUUCCACAUCCCUCAGAAAAUAAAUGCUUCCCUCUGUUCUUCUGCAAGAUACUUACAGUCAUCGAAUGCUGGCACCAGUACUGAAAUAGCAGACAGCCAUAUCCCUUCAAAGUGCAAAAAGUGCUCUGGAAGCCAUGAGGGAGAUGUCACACACAGCAACAGUCUGAACAGACGCAUCACGCCAUCAUUUCUACACAAUUAGUGCAUUACUCCACUUUUAUACAUUGAUUUAUAGGUCAAAGCUAAAUAUAAUGUUCAAAAAACAGCAAAAAGUACAGAUGGUACAUCAUGUUUUGUAGCCCAGUCACAUCCAAAGCUUCUACUGCAUGAACAGAUCCUGAGGCUUUCUUAGCACUGAGAAGACAGGCACUUAACCUCUUAAGGACUCAGGGCGUACCUGUACGCCCUGAGCCCGGUCCCGGUGUUUAAAACGACAUCAAGCCGUGACCCCGCAUCACGGGUCGGUCCCGGCUGCUAUUCAUAGCCGGGACCCUGGGCUAACAGCGCGUGGCACCGAUCGUUGUGCCGCGCGCUAUUAACCCUUCAGACGCGGCAAUCAAAGUUGAAAGUAAACGCGAUAAAAUCGCGAUGUUCCGAUCAGCUGGUACACAAGCGGAGGUCUG